AUGGCAGGGGAAGGGGGCGGGGAGGAGAAGACGAUCGCCGCCGGAGCAGGAGACACGGAGGAGAAGAGCGGCGAGGAGACGACGGCGGCGCUUCCAAAGCUUCCGAAGAAACAGGCGUGCAAGAGGCCCGCGGAGGACCAGCAGCUUCAGAACGCCGCCGCCGCCAAGAAGCGGGCUCAGCACUCAAACCGCCAGCGCGUCGGAGCCCCAGCACCGCGACCACAAGGCAACGGCAUGCAGGCUCCGACCAGGACGCUGGAAUACUAUGCUCGACCACUGUUGCCGCGGCCACCGGUGGCACGCAACAACGGCCCGGCGCCGCAGCCGGCGUUGAACGGGCAGGUGCGCGUACCGCGGCAGCUGGCGGCAUACAACGGGCAGGUGCCGGUGGCGCAGCAGCAGGUGGCGUUCAACGGCCAGGUAAGGCCGCCGCCGUACCGGCCCGUAGGUACCCCCAACAAUCGCGGUCAGAAUCAGACAGUAAUGACGCCGCCUUCAUGCCCGGCCAGCCAAGGAGUGAACCCGCCGUCGGCCGUCCCGCGGAUGCAGAAGCAGCCAGAGACAGAUGAGAUGCGCGAGAAGCGAGUGAUUCAGCAAAAUCUGGAGGAAUACCUCUGGUUACAAAGACAGAUCUACGCAGCCAAGCAGCAAUGGCGGAUGACGUUCAUGCAGCAGCCGCAACAGGCCAUGGCGUUCACGCAGGAGCAGCAGCAGCAAGCGCAGGCUAUGGCGUUCACGCAGCAGCAGCAACAGGCUAUGGCGUUCACGCAGCAGCAGCAGGCGCAGGCUAUGGCGUUCACGCAGCAGCAGCAGCAGGCGACGGCGUUUGGGAGGCAGCAGCAACAGCCGACGGCAUACGCGCCGCAGCUGCAGCAGUACCGUCAGCAGCAACAGCAGCAGUACCAUCAGCAGCUGCCGUACUUGGGCGGCGCCAGCGCGAACUACCAUCAUCAGGCGGGGGGCGUGGUCCCUCGGUUCUCGCUUGACGACUUCUACGCCAGCAACGCCGCGCAGUACUACGAGCGCUCUCCGAUGGUCCUCCCGGCGGCGAGCGGUUCACUAGGAGAGGCGGUGCGGGUGACGGCAGAGGCUUUGCCGGUCAGUACGGUGGUGAGUGUGGAGGGAGACGGGGAUCACGGCAGCCAUGGCCAGCAGGAGCCCGCCCGCGCAUCGGCGGAGGGCGAUGGCUCCCAGCAUGCAUGA